UUUCUUGCUAUUUCCCGGCAGUCUUCAUAUAGACAGCUUGGAGAGGUUAUCAUUUGACACCAAAUCAAGAUGGUAUUUCACCGCCCUUCUACCAUUCCCCAUCCAACUAUCUGGCACCGAUUCACGGCGAGAGGCACCAAGCUUCGAGUCCAGGAUAUGACGGAAGAGCAGGUGGAACCAGCUGUCCAGUUGCUUGUGAAAUAUUUUAUGCAGGAUGAACCGCCCUGCAAAUAUAUUGGUAUACAAAAAUAUCCAUCCGCGCAGGCGCACUUAGAGAAACUUUGGCGUGAUACAAUCAAAGAUAAGCUGUCCAUCGUGUGUGUAGAAGACAAGCCAGGUAGCCCAGUUAUAGGUGUCAAUGUCUUGACGGUCGUCUCUAAGGGUGAUAAAGAAGAACCAUUUCAGACAGACGACAAAAUAUGGGCGAAACUAUUCGGCGCAGUGGAUUGUGUUUCACGCGGAGUGGAUAUCUUUGCCCAUUACGGCGUGGAGGAUUAUCUUACUGCUUUUGGGUUGGUGGUGGAUCCAGCAUGGCGGGGCUGUGGGAUUGGAAAGGAGAUUUUAUUGGCACGUAAGCCUAUUUGCAAAGCCCUAGGCAUAAAAGUGACAGCAACUGUAUUCACCGCGGCCACGUCGCAAGCUGUGGCCCGAAAGGCUGGAUUCCAAGACAUAUUUACAAUCACCUAUGAAGAUUUGGCGGGAAAGGGUUUUGUCUUUCCAGGCAUUGAAGAAGAUACUAAACAUUCUAAGUUAAUGGCACUUGUAAUUCUCUAAUAAAGAAUUUUCGUGUUUGAGAUUAAACAAUAUUGUUGACCGUAAAAAAACGACGUAUUAAAACAUAUUGUUGAAUAUUUUUCAAAGCCAAGAUAUAUAAUUAUUAACACUUGCAUGCUAAUAUCUAGUCAGAACUAGUCAAAUACAUUGCAUUAUAUAAAUAUAAUUCAUUCCUCUUAUUAAUCUUGAACCUAAUGUUUUUAUUAAAUGCAUAUUUACAUUUG